AUGUGGGAGGAGGAUAGAAGCAUGUGGGAGGUGGAUAGAAGCAUGUGGGAGGAGGAUAGAAGCAUGUGGGAGGAGGAUAGAAGCAUGUGGGAGGAGGAUAGAAGCAUGUGGGAGGAGGAUAGAAGCAUGUGGGAGGAGGACAGAAGCAUGUGGGAGGAGGAUAGAAGCAUGUGGGAGGAGGACAGAAGCAUGUGGGAGGAGGACAGAAGCAUGUGGGAGGAGGACAGAAGCAUGUGGGAGGAGGAGAGAAGCAUGUGGGAGGAGGACAGAAGCAUGUGGGAGGAGGACAGAAGCAUGUGGGAGGAGGAGAGAAGCAUGUGGGAGGAGGAGAGAAGCAUGUGGGAGGAGGAGAGAAGCAUGUGGGAGGAGGACAGAAGCAUGUGGGAGGAGGACAGAAGCAUGUGGGAGGAGGAGAGAAGCAUGUGGGAGGAGGAGAGAAGCAUGUGGGAGGAGGACAGAAGCAUGUGGGAGGAGGACAGAAGCAUGUGGGAGGAGGAGAGAAGCAUGUGGGAGGAGGAGAGAAGCAUGUGGGAGGAGGACAGAAGCAUGUGGGAGGAGGACAGAAGCAUGUGGGAGGAGGAGAGAAGCAUGUGGGAGGAGGACAGAAGCAUGUGGGAGGAGGACAGAAGCAUGUGGGAGGAGGACAGAAGCAUGUGGGAGGAGGAGAGAAGCAUGUGGGAGGAGGAUAGAAGCAUGUGGGAGGAGGAUAGAAGCAUGUGGGAGGAGGAUAGAAGCAUGUGGGAGGAGGAUAGAAGCAUGUGGGAGGAGGAUAGAAGCAUGUGGGAGGAGGAUAGAAGCAUGUGGGAGGAGGAUAGAAGCAUGUGGGAGGAGGACAGAAGCAUGUGGGAGGAGGACAGAAGCAUGUGGGAGGAGGAGAGAAGCAUGUGGGAGGAGGACAGAAGCAUGUGGGAGGAGGAUAGAAGCAUAAGCAUGUGGGAGGAGGAUAGAAGCAUGUGGGAGGAGGACAGAAGCAUGUGGGAGGAGGAUAGAAGCAUGUGGGAGGAGGAUAGAAGCAUGUGGGAGGAGGAUAGAAGCAUGUGGGAGGAGGACAGAAGCAUGUGGGAGGAGGACAGAAGCAUGUGGGAGGAGGACAGAAGCAUGUGGGAGGAGGACAGAAGCAUGUGGGAGGAGGACAGAAGCAUGUGGGAGGAGGACAGAAGCAUGUGGGAGGAGGACAGAAGCAUGUGGGAGGAGGACAGAAGCAUGUGGGAGGAGGACAGAAGCAUGUGGGAGGAGGACAGAAGCAUGUGGGAGGAGGACAGAAGCAUGUGGGAGGAGGACAGAAGCAUGUGGGAGGAGGACAGAAGCAUGUGGGAGGAGGACAGAAGCAUGUGGGAGGAGGACAGAAGCAUGUGGGAGGAGGACAGAAGCAUGUGGGAGGAGGACAGAAGCAUGUGGGAGGAGGACAGAAGCAUGUGGGAGGAGGACAGAAGCAUGUGGGAGGAGGACAGAAGCAUGUGGGAGGAGGACAGAAGCAUGUGGGAGGAGGACAGAAGCAUGUGGGAGGAGGACAGAAGCAUGUGGGAGGAGGACAGAAGCAUGUGGGAGGAGGACAGAAGCAUGUGGGAGGAGGACAGAAGCAUGUGGGAGGAGGACAGAAGCAUGUGGGAGGAGGACAGAAGCAUGUGGGAGGAGGACAGAAGCAUGUGGGAGGAGGACAGAAGCAUGUGGGAGGAGGACAGAAGCAUGUGGGAGGAGGACAGAAGCAUGUGGGAGGAGGACAGAAGCAUGUGGGAGGAGGACAGAAGCAUGUGGGAGGAGGACAGAAGCAUGUGGGAGGAGGACAGAAGCAUGUGGGAGGAGGACAGAAGCAUGUGGGAGGAGGACAGAAGCAUGUGGGAGGAGGACAGAAGCAUGUGGGAGGAGGACAGAAGCAUGUGGGAGGAGGACAGAAGCAUGUGGGAGGAGGACAGAAGCAUGUGGGAGGAGGACAGAAGCAUGUGGGAGGAGGACAGAAGCAUGUGGGAGGAGGACAGAAGCAUGUGGGAGGAGGAGAGAAGCAUGUGGGAGGAGGACAGAAGCAUGUGGGAGGAGGACAGAAGCAUGUGGGAGGAGGACAGAAGCAUGUGGGAGGAGGAGAGAAGCAUGUGGGAGGAGGAGAGAAGCAUGUGGGAGGAGGACAGAAGCAUGUGGGAGGAGGACAGAAGCAUGUGGGAGGAGGAGAGAAGCAUGUGGGAGGAGGAGAGAAGCAUGUGGGAGGAGGAGAGAAGCAUGUGGGAGGAGGAUAGAAGCAUGUGGGAGGAGGACAGAAGCAUGUGGGAGGAGGACAGAAGCAUGUGGGAGGAGGACAGAAGCAUGUGGGAGGAGGACAGAAGCAUGUGGGAGGAGGAUAGAAGCAUGUGGGAGGAGGACAGAAGCAUGUGGGAGGAGGAUAGAAGCAUGUGGGAGGAGGACAGAAGCAUGUGGGAGGAGGAUAGAAGCAUGUGGGAGGAGGAUAGAAGCAUGUGGGAGGAGGACAGAAGCAUGUGGGAGGAGGAUAGAAGCAUGUGGGAGGAGGAUAGAAGCAUGUGGGAGGAGGAUAGAAGCAUGUGGGAGGAGGACAGAAGCAUGUGGGAGGAGGACAGAAGCAUGUGGGAGGAGGACAGAAGCAUGUGGGAGGAGGACAGAAGCAUGUGGGAGGAGGACAGAAGCAUGUGGGAGGAGGACAGAAGCAUGUGGGAGGAGGACAGAAGCAUGUGGGAGGAGGAGAGAAGCAUGUGGGAGGAGGAGAGAAGCAUGUGGGAGGAGGAGAGAAGCAUGUGGGAGGAGGACAGAAGCAUGUGGGAGGAGGACAGAAGCAUGUGGGAGGAGGACAGAAGCAUGUGGGAGGAGGACAGAAGCAUGUGGGAGGAGGAUAGAAGCAUGUGGGAGGAGGACAGAAGCAUGUGGGAGGAGGACAGAAGCAUGUGGGAGGAGGACAGAAGCAUGUGGGAGGAGGAGAGAAGCAUGUGGGAGGAGGACAGAAGCAUGUGGGAGGAGGACAGAAGCAUGUGGGAGGAGGACAGAAGCAUGUGGGAGGAGGAUAGAAGCAUGUGGGAGGAGGACAGAAGCAUGUGGAAGGAGGAUAGAAGCAUGUGGGAGGAGGAUAGAAGCAUGUGGGAGGAGGAUAGAAGCAUGUGGGAGGAGGAUAGAAGCAUGUGGGAGGAGGAUAGAAGCAUGUGGGAGGAGGAUAGAAGCAUGUGGGAGGAGGACAGAAGCAUGUGGGAGGAGGAUAGAAGCAUGUGGGAGGAGGACAGAAGCAUGUGGGAGGAGGAUAGAAGCAUGUGGGAGGAGGAGAGAAGCAUGUGGGAGGAGGAUAGAAGCAUGUGGGAGGAGGAUAGAAGCAUGUGGGAGGAGGACAGAAGCAUGUGGGAGGAGGAUAGAAGCAUGUGGGAGGAGGAUAGAAGCAUGUGGGAGGAGGAUAGAAGCAUGUGGGAGGAGGACAGAAGCAUGUGGGAGGAGGAUAGAAGCAUGUGGGAGGAGGAUAGAAGCAUGUGGGAGGAGGACAGAAGCAUGUGGGAGGAGGAUAGAAGCAUGUGGGAGGAGGACAGAAGCAUGUGGGAGGAGGACAGAAGCAUGUGGGAGGAGGACAGAAGCAUGUGGGAGGAGGAGAGAAGCAUGUGGGAGGAGGAUAGAAGCAUGUGGGAGGAGGACAGAAGCAUGUGGGAGGAGGAUAGAAGCAUGUGGGAGGAGGAUAGAAGCAUGUGGGAGGAGGAUAGAAGCAUGUGGGAGGAGGAUAGAAGCAUGUGGGAGGAGGAUAGAAGCAUGUGGGAGGAGGAUAGAAGCAUGUGGGAGGAGGAUAGAAGCAUGUGGGAGGAGGAUAGAAGCAUGUGGGAGGAGGAUAGAAGCAUGUGGGAGGAGGAUAGAAGCAUGUGGGAGGAGGAUAGAAGCAUGUGGGAGGAGGAUAGAAGCAUGUGGGAGGAGGAUAGAAGCAUGUGGGAGGAGGACAGAAGCAUGUGGGAGGAGGAUAGAAGCAUGUGGGAGGAGGAUAGAAGCAUGUGGGAGGAGGAUAGAAGCAUGUGGGAGGAGGAUAGAAGCAUGUGGGAGGAGGAUAGAAGCAUGUGGGAGGAGGAUAGAAGCAUGUGGGAGGAGGACAGAAGCAUGUGGGAGGAGGAUAGAAGCAUGUGGGAGGAGGAUAGAAGCAUGUGGGAGGAGGACAGAAGCAUGUGGGAGGAGGAUAGAAGCAUGUGGGAGGAGGAUAGAAGCAUGUGGGAGGAGGAUAGAAGCAUGUGGGAGGAGGAUAGAAGCAUGUGGGAGGAGGAUAGAAGCAUGUGGGAGGAGGAUAGAAGCAUGUGGGAGGAGGAUAGAAGCAUGUGGGAGGAGGAUAGAAGCAUGUGGGAGGAGGAUAGAAGCAUGUGGGAGGAGGAUAGAAGCAUGUGGGAGGAGGAUAGAAGCAUGUGGGAGGAGGAUAGAAGCAUGUGGGAGGAGGAUAGAAGCAUGUGGGAGGAGGAUAGAAGCAUGUGGGAGGAGGACAGAAGCAUGUGGGAGGAGGAUAGAAGCAUGUGGGAGGAGGAUAGAAGCAUGUGGGAGGAGGAUAGAAGCAUGUGGGAGGAGGAUAGAAGCAUGUGGGAGGAGGAUAGAAGCAUGUGGGAGGAGGAUAGAAGCAUGUGGGAGGAGGAUAGAAGCAUGUGGGAGGAGGAUAGAAGCAUGUGGGAGGAGGAUAGAAGCAUGUGGGAGGAGGAUAGAAGCAUGUGGGAGGAGGAUAGAAGCAUGUGGGAGGAGGAUAGAAGCAUGUGGGAGGAGGAUAGAAGCAUGUGGGGAGGAGGAUAG